AUGUCGAGCUCUCAGCUUCAAGCGUUGGCAAAGGUCCGUGGGAUGCUAGACUUUGUCCUCCACCCGUCUUCGCCUGACACGAGCGGUAUACCCGUCGGAGAUGAGAAGCUGCGGAAGGUGAUGGAGUGGGUCUCCAAGCGGGAAGAUCCCAUUGACGGCGAACUGCUGCCAGAUGCGUGCCAGACCGCAGAGGAGCUUCUGGCCAAGGGCCUGUUUAAGGACAAGUUCACCGCGGCUCUCCUCAACGGGAUUGAACCCGAAGAUGGGGGCGUGGGCACUCCGUUCGAGAGCGACGGCAACGGCGACUGCUUGUUGAAUUCUGUGGCGACAAUGGCGGUGAAGCUUCGACUCAGCGUUGUGCUGUACGGGCUGAAAUACAUGGAACUAUUCCUACUGGAGCAGGACGAACAUUUCGGGGCAUGGUACAACUACACGUCGGAUACGCGGGAAAGGCUGGCGAAGAACGGGUGGGAUGUAGCACCCGACCCCGACNUCCGGUUUCACCAUCAGUUUCAUAGCCGUUAUGUUUCUCAGCGUUGCCGAUCCGUGAAAUUUAUGUUUAUCGCCGUAAAUGCAUCCUCCUUGAUUCCCGUCCAGACCGCAGAGGAGCUUCUGGCCAAGGGCCUGUUUAAGGACAAGUUCACUGCGGCUCUCCUCAACGGGAUUGAACCCGAAGAUGGUGGCGUGGGCACUCCGUUCGAGAGCGACGGCAACGGCGACUGCUUGUUGAAUUCUGUGGCGGUAUUCUUGCCACAGACGGAGGUCGAGGGGUCAGAAGUGCUAUGAAGACAAUGGCGGUGAAGCUUCGACUCAGCGUU